GAAGUCCUCAGGCCCUUGCUCAUUGAAUCAGAGGGAACAAGUCGUGCAGACAGGGUCCCAGGCACCAAACUGUCAUUUGGAGUUCCCCGGUUUGGGUGUCUUCUUCCCAUGAGCAUUGUCUACAGGUUCUAGAUGCCAGGGCAUCGUUACCGGUCCUGGGGAGGCUGGACUUGAGGUGGGCCCCCCUCUGAAGAUGGUGGCUGAGGGUAGACCGUCCCCCACCAUCCAGUGUGGCUCUGGGCAGGGAGGGUCAGCAGGAGAAGCAUGGAGCUGCACUGGACAAGGAGGCCCCACCCAGGGCCGCGUGGGCCGCAGUCGUGCCCAUCAGCACAUUUCGGGCUGGCCAGAGCCCUCCAGCCAUUCAUGCGCCUACGCAGGGCAGCCCUACUGGGCUGGAGGUCAGAUUCCUGCCCUUGGAGAGUCAGGAUGGGAGGAGCCUCUUGUGCCUGAGCACAGCACCCCGUCUGUAUUUUGGGGCCAGCUCCCUACCGAGUGACCCGCGGCCCAGCCACCGUGGCCCCCAUGUUAGAGCCCCGUUCUCUUGCCACCCUGCCUGCUGUCACGUCCCAGAGAGGCCUUCAAGCUGGUGCCUGCUCGCCCCCUACCUUUUUCAGAGCUGCCAUCGAUGGCUUUCAAGGGGAGCUGCGUGCCUGGGUAGCCUUGGUGCCCACUGCGCCCCACCCUCAGGCACACAGUUUCUCUGGAGGAUCGGAGCCAGACUCAGCUGUGGGGCGGGGCGGGGUGGGAUGCAGGCUGGGACUCCGCCAUUGUGCAGCAGCCCCUCCUCCCGUCGAGAACAAGGUCCUUCACACAGGCAGCAGCCCCUGCCAGCGCCUUCCUCACCCCCUGGGAGCACGGUGCCCAGAACAUCCCAGUGCCAGCAGACCUUGGUGGGAGGCUCCCUCUGGGGCUCGGCCUCCUGGAGCUGUGCGGGGAAGGGGCUGGGCAGGCCCGAUGCUAACACUGUGCUACCUGAUCGCCCGCUGUGCUGGCAGCACCUGGUGGGCACCCAGGCCGAACGGGCAGGAGUUCGAGAAUGCCGAGGGCGAUGCGUGUGCGGCUGAGUGCUCGGCGCAGGGCUCCCCGGCGGCGGUGGCACAGAGCGGGCCCGACGUGUACGUCCUGCCACUGACGGAGGUCCCCUUGCCCGUGGCUAGGCAGCCGGGCCGCUCAGUGCAGCUCCUCAAGUCCACAGACCUGGGCCGGCACAGCCUUCUGUACCUGAAGGAGAUCGGGCAUGGCUGGUUCGGGAAGGUGUUCCUGGGAGAGGUGCACUCGGGUGUCAGCAGCACCCAGGUGGUGGUGAAGGAGCUGAAGGUGAGCGCCAGUGUGCAAGAGCAGAUGCAGUUCUUGGAGGAGGCACAGCCCUACAGAACCCUGCAGCACAGCAGUCUGCUCCAGUGCCUGGCGCAGUGUGCUGAGGUGACGCCCUAUCUGCUCGUGAUGGAGUUCUGCCCGCUGGGGGACCUCAAAGGUUACCUGCGGAGCUGCCGGGUGACAGAGUCUAUGGCGCCUGACCCCCUGACCUUACAGCGAAUGGCCUGCGAGGUGGCCCGUGGUGUCCUCCACCUGCACCGAAACAACUACGUGCACAGCGACCUGGCCCUGCGGAACUGCCUGCUGACGGCCGACCUGACAGUGAAGGUCGGCGACUACGGCCUGUCCCACUGCAAAUAUAGGGAAGACUACUUCGUGACUGCCGACCAGCUGUGGGUGCCCUUGCGCUGGAUUGCACCCGAGCUGGUAGACGAGGUACAUGGGAACCUGCUGGUGGUGGACCAGACCAAGAGCAGCAACGUGUGGUCCCUGGGCGUGACCAUCUGGGAACUCUUCGAGCUGGGUGCACAGCCCUACCCUCAACAUUCAGACCGACAGGUGCUGGCCUACACUGUCCGGGAGCAGCAGCUCAAGCUGCCCAAGCCCCAGCUACAGCUGAGCUUGUCUGAUCGCUGGUACGAAGUGAUGCAGUUCUGCUGGCUGCAGCCGGAGCAGCGGCCCACGGCAGAAGAGGUACACCUGCUGCUGUCCUAUCUGUGCGCCAAGGGCGCCACCGAGGUGGAGGAGGAGUUCGAGCGACGCUGGCGCUCGCUGCGGCCAGGCAGGGGCGGCUUGGGGUCUGGGCAGGGCGCAGCAGGUCCGUCGGUGGGUGCUGGGGCCGACCUGGCUGCCGCCUCGUCCUUCCCGCUGCUGGAGCAGUUCACGGGCGACGGCUUCCAUGGCGACGGGGACGAUGUGCUGACAGUGACUGAGACGAGCCGAGGCCUCAACUUCGAGUACAAGUGGGAGGCGGGCGUCGGCGCGGAGCCCUUACCCCCCAGCCCGGGCAGCGCGCGCCUGCAGGAGCUGUGCGCCCCCAACGGCGCGCCGCUGGGCGUGGUCCCCGUACUCAGCGCGCACAGCCCCUCACUCGGCAGCGAAUACUUCAUCCGCCUGGAAGAGGCUGCACCGGCCGCCGGCCACGACCCCGACUGCGCAGAUUGCGCCCCCAGUCCCCGUGCUGCCGCCGACCAAGAUGACGACUCCACUGCCUCGCUGGCCAUGGAGCCCCUGUUGGGCCACGCGGUACUCGCCGAUGGCCCCUGGGGCCGCCGCGCCCAGGACUCACCCUGCCCCUCCCGCUCGCCCUCUCCCGGCGCGGAGGACAUAGGCUGGGGAGAGGCCACCUUCUGCCCCUUUUUUGAGGACCCACUGGGCGUGUCCCCUUCUUCCUGCUCAGGGGCUCUGCCGACCCGGGCUGAGCAGGUCGGGGAGGCCGAGGCACAGAGGGCUGCCCAGCGUGCCCACUGGAGCUCCAACAUGUCAGCCAACAACAACAGUGCCAGCCGCGAUCCUGAGUCCUGGGGCCUCGGCUACGUGGGCAGCUACACAGACAGCUAUAUGGACGACUGCCCCAGCCCAGCGCAGACCCCACGGGUCUCCCCGGACUUGGGCCACCCCCUGGCCCAGGAGGGCCCCAGAGAGCCUCUGCUUGGGCCACAGUCAGUCUCCCUCGGGCCGGAGCCAGGCCACUGCCUCAGCCUUCCCGGUCUGGGCUCUGCCCAGGGCCUGGCACCCGCUCCCUGCCAGGUCAUGCCCCCCUGGACAGGGGCAGCCGUAAGUGGGGGUGACAACCCCCAAGCAGAACCCAGGCUUGCCCAGGAAGCCGAGGGCUCUGCUGGACCCCAACUGUCCCUUCCCUCUGUCCCCUCCCCGUCCCACGAGGGAGCAUCUCUUCCCUCAGAGGAGGCCAGCGCCCCUGACACCCUUCCGGCCUCUCCCACAUCCGCUGCUGGCAGCCAGGUGACAGUCUCGGAGCUGGUGCCCACCCUCAGCAGCAGCAGCAGCUCCCCUGAGGUGGAGGAACCCAGCAGUGAGGAUGAGGACACAACGGAGAUCACUUCGGGCGUCUUCACUGACGUGUCCAGUGAUGGCCCUCAGGCUGAGAAGCCCGACGUAGUACCAGCCUUGCGCUCUCUGCAAAAGCAGGGGGGAACGCCUGAUUCCCUGGACUCCUUGGACAUCCCAUCCUCAGCCAGUGAUGGUGGCUGUGAAGUCUCCAGCCCAUCCACUGCUGGGCCCCCUGGCGGGCAACCCCGUGCACUGGACAGUGGCUAUGACACGGAGAACAAUGAGUCCCCUGAGUUUGUGCUCAAGGAGGCCCAUGAGGCCAGUGAGCCCAGGGAGCUGGCCUCAGAGGAGGAUAGCCCAGGGCCAGAGACCCAGCUCUCAGCCUCCCUGGGGGGCCUCAGGGAGAAGAACCCCUACCGAGACUCCGCCUACUUCUCAGACCUGGACGCCGAGUCUGAGCCUGCGGUGGGCCCUGAGAAGAGCAGCCCCGACCAAGUCUCGGGGCAGAGCCCUGGGUGGCAGUCGGCGCAGACCUCUCCCGUUCUUGGGGUGCUGGGGGAGGCACCUAACGCUGGUCACAGGGAGGUGCUACCACCACUGCAGGGGCCCCAGGAGCCUCUCCCGGAGCCAAGCGCCUGUGCCCCCAGCCCCCGGCCAGAGCCUCCUGCAUCCCUGGGCUCAGCUGAGGGCCAGCCUGAGCGGAGCCUGGGCUCCUCCAAGUUCUUCCUGCUGACCCCUGUCCCGCGGAGCCCAGAAGGUGAUGGCACGGAGCUCGAGGGGACCCCAGGACUGUUUUCAGGGAGGCCAGGGGAUCUAGGAACCCCCAGAGCCCCACUCUGCUUGGCUCUGCCCGGGCGUCCUGGGCCCUUAGAGGGCCGGCCCGAGGAGGAAGAGGAGGACAGUGAGGACAGCGACGAGUCCGACGAGGAGCUCCGCUGCUACAGCAUCCAGGAACCCAGCGAGGACAGCGAAGAGGAGUCGCCCGCGGUGCCUGUGGUGGUGGCCGAGAGCCAGAGCGCGCGCAACCUGCGCAGCCUGCUCAAGUUGCCCAGUCUGCUGUCCGAGGCCCUCUGCGAGGACCUGGACCGGAAGAAGAAGGCCGUGUCCUUCUUUGACGACGUCACCGUCUACCUCUUCGACCAGGAGAGCCCCACCCGGGAGCUCGGGGAGCCCUUUGCCGGAGCGAAGGAGGCGCCGCCCGAGUACUCGCCCGGCAGCCCCGGCUCGCCCAGCGCCCCCAGCCGGCCAAGGCGGGGUGACCGCUCGCCCAACGGCUCCGCGGAAGAGACGGAAGAGGGUGAGGAAGGCAACGUCGGAGAAAGGGCUGCGGUGGGUUCGCGUGGGACGACGGCUUCCCUCUCCCUCGGGCGCCGGCGAAAGGGACACUGGCGACUACCUUGGGCCCGGCCGCGCCCGCGCCCGCCCGUGUUGCGUCCCCCACACCGGCCCCAACCGCGCUCUUCUCGCGCUUCACCGUGUCGCCCGCGCCUGCGUCCCGCUUCUCCAUCACGCACGUGUCGGACUCAGACGCCCAGUCCGUGGGAGGCCCUGCAGCAAGCGCUGGAGGCGAGUACACUGAGGCUUGAGGCCCAGGCGGCUCCAUCCUUUGGAGGCUAGCGUCACCGGAGCCCCUGCUGCCCUGUCCCGGGCAGCAAGAACAGUGACCAGGAAUGAGUAGCGACUGUAGUCCUGGUGGCAGCAGAUCCGGGGUCAUGGCGCCCCACAUGGCAUCCUGGAGCAGCAGGUGGGCAGGAGGUCCCUCACCAGCCCUGGACAAUAUACUGUGCACACUGUCACCGUGGGGGCAGACUGUGUCCUGGACACUAGGGUUCACUGCCAGCUACCCCGGAUGGCCUGGCCUGAGGACUGUGGGUGUCUGUAUACACAAACUCUUAAAAGGGGCCCUAUUAUCCUACACCUCUGGGCCUGGCCCAUCCCGACCCUGCAGCCGCCUUUCCACUCUGGCUGCUGCCUUUGGACUGCUCGGCCUCAGGCCGGGAGACCUGCCCCAGGCCAUGGGCCUGCAUGCCAUGCCUGGCCGGGUCCCUCCAUGUGUUCACAGGACACUCACACCCUUGGCUGCGUGAGGCACAGGCCCUCAGGUGGCCAUCAGACGUGCCCCUCAGCCUCUCCUGGGUCCGGGUUUGUGCAGGGCCAAGAGGGGCCCCUGGGCCAGGGUCCCCAUGCCCUCACCUGUCUAUGGCUGAUUCCCCUUCACUGCCUCCCCCGGAAGCCCCUCUGCACAGUGUCUGGCAGCUCCUGCCUGGGUUCUGAAGUGCCUGGCAUCUGCAGACACCCAGAGGGCUUCCAAGCUGUGCCCAGCCCUCCGGCCCUGUUCUCGAGGUGUCCCUAGCAGGGCAGUGCCCUGUCCCGUGCCUGGCACCAGAGGAGAGUGGGGGCUGUACCCCACAGGCAGCGUCAGGGCUCCUGCCUAUGCGGGGGACGAAGGGUGGGACUGGGCAGCACAGGGACUAUUUUUGUAACAGCUACUGCUGGAAUGAAUAGAAAUGGGGUGAAUCUAAGUUAUUGUUGCCAAAGAGAUGUAAAGUUUAUUGUUGCUCUGGGGGUGGGGGGGGUACUUGGUUUUGGUUUGUUUUUUUGUUAGUUUGAGGCUUAGGACGCUGGUGCAAUGAUUUUUGUUUUGUUUUUGUUUUUUAAGAGAAACCAAGCUACAAAAAAAG